UCGCUUGCGCAAACGGCCCCGCAGUCGAGCUGCUGUCAGUUUCACUAUCCACCGAGUGAAAACCACCGUUUUGCCUUGCACUCCUCCGGAUUUUUACUCGGGAAAAGUGUUCCGUACGGCGAAUGCGGCCAUUUCCGCGCUCGAUCCGCGUUUCGAUACAGAGGCGAACGAUCGCGGGGUAGUGAGAUUUAGUGCGUUUCGGGUUCACGCGCGGUAGCACAAAAUUUCAAGUGACUGAAUAUUGUUGCAGCAGCAGCAGCAGGAGGAAUCCCAGGAAUGCUUCCCCGUCGUCGUCGCGGCGUCAAACAGUGAAAAGUGUUGGCCUUCUUACGGGAAACGGAAGAAAAACGAUGAAAACCAGCCUGUGCUGUACGUACUGCACCCUGCUGGUUGUGUCGCUGGUGUCCAGUAGUUUGCUGUUCAUAUUGGUGGCUUCGGAGGCAACGAAACCGCUGAAUCACUUGCCAAACAGCAACGAUGCACAGCCAGACCAACAUCAGCAACAGCACCAUUCACCGCUUGUUCAACAAGAACGAGAUCAUCAGCCGGUUGAAUUAGGCGAUGCCGGAAAGGCGCCACCGGAAACGGCGCCGGUUGUGCAAAAUGGGAAGCAAUCCAAGAAGGGUCGGGAAAGUGAAAGUGGUUUCGGUGAAGGUGGUGAAAUUGUGCAGAGUAGUGUUCAUCCGGAGUCCAACAGGGGUGGGUCGAAAGUGCGAGAUGGUGGAAAUCGGAAGCGCCAUGGGCUUGGGAAGACAAGUGCUCGUAGGACUAGCAGUAGAUCUCGAAAGCAGGAUGUUCUAACGGAGAAGCCCGCCCGGCUAGAGAAACUGGCAGACCUGAAUGAAGUGAUAUUUCUGGACGCUCUCUCGAAGAACUCGGGCGUCACAAACAGCGGAUUGCAAGACAUUCCUGGCACGCCAUCGGUGAUCACACUGGUGGAUCAUCAGGCCAACGAGCUCAAUAUCGAAUCCAAGUUGGAGGAAAAUAUUGAAGCAACGCUGAAAAAUAUCAGUCACCAACUGGUCAGCUCUGUCGACGAUGAGCCUGAGGAGCAGCAGGCUACCCUCGAUCAGCAGAUGCAACCCCCGGAAGAAGAUCUCUCCGAGGAUGUUCCGAUGCAGGCAGCUCCGGAGCAGGCGGCUUCGCCAGAGGAAAAAAUCCAGGAUGCAGGAGGAGGUGAGAUUAGGAGAGAGGAACAACCAGAAGUUGUUCAACCAGUGGUUCCCAAUGUAACUUUCGAUCCCCAACAAGCUGGGACUGCCGAGGAAAAUCCGAUGCCCGUGUUCUCCGAGUGGGCCCAAAAACAGAUGGCCGAAGCGGAGAAGAAACAAGGGGAGAAUGUGAAUGCCUCGGCCAUGAAGCGCAACUCGAAGCCCCCGGGCAACAAAAUGCCACCGUUAAAGUUACGAGCAAAAAAUUACGCCGCUCCAGAUUGCGGAGCCAAGAUCAUUGCUUCCAAUCCGGAAGCUCAGAGUACAGGUUCGGUACUGACGUCCCACAAGGACGAAUACCUGUUGAACCCUUGCACCAGCAAGAUUUGGUUUGUUGUGGAACUUUGCGAACCAAUUCAGGCGGAACGGGUCGAGUUGGCCAACUUCGAGCUGUUCUCUUCAUCUCCGAAGGAGUUUUCAGUCUCGGUAAGUAAUCGAUUUCCAACCAGAGACUGGUCAAACGUAGGUCAGUUCACGGCCAAAGAUGAACGAGACGUUCAGAGUUUCAAUCUACAUCCGCAUUUGUUUGGAAAGUUCGUUCGAGUGGAAAUCCACUCGCACUAUAACUCGGAACAUUACUGUCCGGUUUCGUUGUUUCGGGUCUACGGAACAUCAGAGUUCGAAGCAUUUGAAACGGAUAACACGCCUCCUUUGAGCGAAGAUGGAGAGGAUGACGAUGAAGGUGAACUCGUCGUUGAUGGGUUGGAUCUGAUAGAGGAGAUUCUGGGCAGCGAGGAAAACAUGGACGGCGGAGAUGGUUCGAAGAAUAGGAAAGCAAAUAUUCUUAAAUCCGCUGGCGAAGCUGUCAUGAACAUUGUCAAAAAGGCGGCCGAGGCGUUGGGAAAAACGCACGAAAACGACGGUUUUCGCAAUGAAACCGAUUCCGUUGACCAAAGCAACCCUAUGUUAGGUAGUACCGGUGUUGUUCCGUCGCAACCUGCUUUGUAUUGCUUUUCGCUGGCUUUCCAGCCGCUAUGUGUUAGCUGUCCACCGGAGCUCCGGAACCAACUGGAGCGGACAUUGAAUUGCAAAUACAAUCUAUUAACUAGUCUACUAAGUAUCAAAUCAAUCCGUACGUCAUUCGACGAAUCUCAGCAUUUUCUAUGUGCCAAUUUCCUAGGAUUUAACCUGAAGCGUGAACAAGUGAGCGAGAGUUAUAACUUUGAACGAAGUCUGUUAAGCUGGUUGCCAGCGAAUGUAUUAGCUAGUUUUUGUAAUUUGCAAGCGUUCGAACAAGGAUUGAUUGAAACUCGCAUGAAACCUGAUGAUACUUCUGAUACAAAUCCUGAAAAGCCAACAUCUACCGAGCCAUCCUCGCCGACUCCGGUAGAAAAAGACGAACCCCAAAAUGAUACCGAUGAUCAACCGACCCUAACCGUUAUUCCAUCUGUAACGACUCCGAUAGUAGAAGAGCCAGUUAUCCAACCAACGCCAGAUCCAGAACAACAACCAUCACCUUCCUCGGAUGAUGUUAACAUGUUCAACAUUCCUAAAGAUGGUGAUUCCACCACCGAAAGAAACACAGAAGAACCAACCGCACCGGCAUCAACUACCACCACCGUAGUGGUGGACCCAGUUCCACCAGAACGAGACGAUUCCGUUGGUCUGUUGGACCAACAGCAGCAGAACAGCGGUUCCAGCAGCAUGGAAGACCUGGACAACUUGUUGCUGGACCAUGGACACAUGGCAGAUGGCGUUGCUGCUGGAUCGGGAAGUAUACCAACGAUAACGACCAGCACCACGACCACACCGACGCCGGGCGUUCCAGCUGCAGCGGGUUCGCAGAAGGGCCAACCGGAAAGUGUGUUCCUGCGACUUUCGAACCGGAUUAAGGCCCUGGAGCGCAACAUGAGCCUCUCCGGCCAGUACCUGGAGGAACUGAGCCGCCGCUACCGGAAGCAGGUGGAAGAACUGCAAAACUCCUAUGCCAAAACGCUUCACGACAUCGAGGAGCAGAACCGGCGGAUGCGCGACAGCGAAGCCCAGCUGCGCGAGGAGAACCAACGGCUCCGGGAGGAUUUCCUCAGUUUUCGGGAUGGCGUUUUCAGUUGGUGGAAUGUUGCGUUGGUUGCUGGGGGGUUUCUUGUUAUGCAGGUUGUGGUUGUCUAUACGAUGAUUCGAGUCUGUGCCAAGGGUGGAAGGAGUACGGAUCGAGAUGAGAUCGCCAGAGAACUGGAACAGAUGGAUAUUGGGAAGCAGCCGGUAAAGGGGAAGUUGUUACGGAGGAGGUCCAUCGAUGGUACGAUCAGCGAUCAAACGGUUGGUACGUUGAAAAAGAAGCGACCAAGUGAGGAAGCACUGAACAUAAGUGGGACGUACGAGAAUUUGUUGAUUGCUGAUAACGGUGGAGGGGACAACGGAAAGAUCGAAAGGAGAAAGAAGAAUAAGCAGAGGAAAAUCUCUGCUCCUUCCAUGGUUCAACAGAGUAACGGAAAUGGUAAAGUUAAAAGAGCAUCUUCGGUAGAACCAUCCCCUGUUGGCAAAGUUGCCAAGGCCGAGCUGGUUAGGACGGAAUCGGCUCCAGAGCCCCGAAGGUACUCACCAGAAAAAUCAAAACCGGACGAAAACAAUCGUAUAGAGGAGUUGCCGUUGCUAGAAGAUAACGAUGAGUUCAUCAUUCCCACGGCAAUGGAUUUGUCCUACAACGAGUUCGUUCCGGACUCGACGUCAGAAACGGUCCAUCAAACCAACGGCAUGAUUUCGUCGUCCUCUUCGAUCGAUUCCAAAUCAACGACCAAAUCCGGCAAGGGUCGACGUCUAUCAUCCCCCGGAUUUUUCAAAUCAUCCCUCUUGCGAUCUAGUCGAAAAUCCGGCAAGAAAUCCACACCCAGCCAAAAUGUAAGCAGUGCCAGUAGCAACACCAGCAGUACCGGAAGUAGCAGUGUCCGGAUCAACAUCAAUUUGCACAACGUGACCCGGACGGAAGACGAACCGCCCUCGCAUCCCACGGCGGACGACGUCACCACGUCCACGGACACCGCUCCUGCCACCAACCAGCACUCGUGGUACAAGCUGAAAAAGUCCUCUAGUCAAGACAAAGUCACCACCACCAAACGUAAAUCCAAAUCCGAAAGUCCGGAAGUGGAAACGACUCGCCACACCAACGGUUCGGUCAACGGAUCGGAUGUCCACCGGGUGCACACUUCGGUUUCGUUCAACGGCUCUAGCGAGAAGAAAAUCUCCGGAAGCGGCGGUGGUGGAAGCUUUCGGAGGUUAUUCCGGAAGGUGUUUUAGUUUUGGCGUUGCGGCCGAGAUAGAAAAACGGAUAGAAGGAAGUGUUCAUGAGGUUUGAAGCCAGCUGGUUGGUGGGGAAGGAGCUGUUCCUUAAAACAUAAAAUAGACUGAUCGGACUAAGAGAGGGCUAGGGCAAAGCAACAUAAAUAAUAUAAUAAUAAACCGGAAGAGCUUUAAAAGCGUGUGCAUGAGUGGUGGAAUGCCUGGGAGAGAACGUAUGCGAACGGGUGAGCGCUGAGGUUCCAUAAGUAAGCUGGGAGAAUGAACUUGUGUGAAUCGAUAUUAACACACACAACAAUACAACACUGCUCCGUUUAGUAGUAAACUGUUCGUUUUUAAUGUGAAGUAAUUGUAUAGAAGAAAAGCAUGCAUUAUAUUGGAAUAUAGCUAUUGUAUCUAAAUUUCUUUUUUAAACAAAUUGUAUGCGUAUGUUUCAAUUCGGUUGGCGUGAGUUUCCUCGCAGAAGAAAUAACACUUGGUAGAUGCUCUUAAGCUGGAAUGAUGGGCGAGGUAUCCAGUAGGUAUUCUUAAUGUAAGAAUGCUGGACAAUAAUUGGCUGUCGAAUUGUUGAAGGACUUGCUUCAUUGCAAGUAGAUAUGCAAUUGUAACGCAAGACAGCUUUGCUUUUGUAAUCGAAGUGAAAUCUGCAGCACUUUACACGCUUCAUUAAACGCUUUGAAAAUCGCAGCAUUUUUCGGACUGUCUCACAGAAUCAAAGUUACAGCUAACAUUUCUGUUUUCAAUUAGCGGAUUCCUCGGGAAUGUAUUUCUGAAGAUAUUUUAUUGUAAAUUUAACUUAAAGGUAUUUCAAGCUGAAAUCAUUAGAUUUCUACCGAGAUGACAUAGCUGCAAAGAUUUUACAUGAAUUUCUAGCAACAUUCUUGAAGUUUCACUAUAAAUCCGGUGGUGUUUCUAUAGAGAUCUCGGACCGAAUCCAUCUUAAAUGUUGUCAAGGAUAUAUCCAGUAAUUCUACUAAGAAGUCAUGGAAAGAAUCCCUAUAGAAAUUUUGGAAGGUAUAGCCAUGGAGAUGUCACGGAAAGAAUCUCCUGAAAGAUCCUUAAAAGCUAAACAUAUCUCUGAAAAACCCCUGGAAAAUUAUGGAGGAACUCCGGAAAGAAUCUAUGGAAGACUGUAUGGAAGAACAUUGGUAGAAAUAUCAACAGAAAUUUAUAGAGGAAUUCCGAGAAAAUCCAUGAAGACAAUCCAAGAAGAAAUUGGUAAGAAAAGGAUUCUUCAGAGGAAUUUUAAAAAAUCUGCGGAGAAUUCCCAGAAGAAAAUUGAACCCUUGGAGGUAUUUUGGCUUUGCUUAGACUGACUGCUCAUAUCUAUGGUUGCUACUCCGCGAUUGACCCGAACCAAUGACAGUUGCACAAUUAAUCAACUGAAUAAUUGACUGGAAGUGACCAGUAUUUUCACUGUGCACGCUUCAGAGUCUCUCUUGUGGGAAGGAAUAUUAUUACCGGUCUUUGUUAUGUGAAGGACCGCGUUUACCGCUGCGACUCCUUCAAAGGCUGCAGGAAGGAGUGUGUGUUAGAAGGGAAGGUAUCGUUGGGUCUGGAUUCACUUUGAUAAGUAAUAUGACUUUUUUAUGUUGAAUCAUGCCAUGGUAGCUGCCGCGUUAUUCUUUACUAUACGCGGAAAGCCAACAAUCCUUGGAGGUUUUCUGGAAAAAUUUGGUCUGGUAUCACUCAACUCACUCCACCUUAAGAGCAUUUACCGCUAGGGAUACCUCUCUCUAGCUGCUUAUUAUACCUUAAUCUACCGAUAGAGAAAAUAUUGUAGUAAUCCAGUCAUACGAAAACUAGUUAAACCUAAGACUGUUAUGUGUUGCAUCGCGGGUGUUUCGGUACACGAAACACCCACUCCCGUACAUUAUCUCAAACGCUUGAAGCGUAUUGAAACCUAUAGGAAAACUAACUAGCAGUUUUUAGAAACAGAAUCGAGCAUGAAGCGAAAACGUUGCAAACGAGGAACGAGACGAAGCUGUUAACAUUUUCCGCUUCAGGAAUGUGAGUAAAGACGCGAGUGGCAAAACGUGUUGAAGUAUAAUUGUUGAAACCAAUAAACCUAAGUAAUGUGCUUA